AUGCCAAAUCGUAUCAGCGUCCUGAGGGAGAAGAGGCACGACUGUGCUGUUGACCUGGUGUUGAACGGGAUCCCUUCAUCUUCUCUUCCUGCAGCCGCGCUGAAGCAGGAGGUGGCACUGGAGAAUGGCGCCACAACGCUGAACCACUCCAUGGCAAUGGUGCAGCGCAUGGAGGGUCUGCUGGCCCAAGGCAAUGGCAGCGAUGUGGCCCUCCGCGUGCAGACGGUAAACACAGAUGAGGUGAAGGUGAUCCAGGCGCACACGCUGGUGCUCUCGCUGCAGAGCGAGGUGUUUGAGGAGCUGCUGCUCAGCCACAACACCAGCACCUUGGUCCUGAGGGAGCCUGCCGACUGUGCUGCUGUCUUUGACAAGUUCAUCAGGUACCUCUACUGCGGUGACAUCUCCGUGCGCCUGGACCAGGCAAUCCCUCUGCACAAGCUGGCCAGCAAGUACCGUGUGUGGAGCCUCCAGCAGGGUCUGAGCCAGUACAUGACGGGGCACCUGUCCAGCGACUCCCCGACCGGCCACGUGGUUGGCUGGUACCAGUACGCCAUGCAGAUCGACGACGCCAACCUGAGGGACAGCUGCCUCCAGUACCUCUCCUGGAACCUGUCGUCGGUGUUGCAGAGCGGCGAGUGGGGCUCCAUCAGCGACGACCUGCUGCUGUCCCUGAUGCAGCGCUCCGACCUCAUCCUGCAGAGCGAGCUGGAGCUCUACGAGGCCCUGGAAGCCUGGAUUGGCCAGAACCAGCCGGCCGGCCUAACGGUGGAGAAUGCCCUGAGGCAGGUGCGCUAUGGCAUGAUCCCCCCGCAGCACCUGUUCCGUCUGCAGAAGCAGUCACCAGUCAUGCUGAAAUACUACGAGUCCAUCCGUGACCUGCUCUUCCUGGCCUUCCAGUUCCACUCGGCCUCGCCCGUCCAGCUGGCCAAAUACUUUGACGUCAACUGCAGCAUAUUCACGCCACGCAACUACCUGUCACCGUCCUGGGGCUCUCCGUGGGUCAUCAACAACCCCACGCGCGACGACCGCAGCUUCAGCUUCCAGACCCAGCUGGGCCCCAGCGGCAGCGACGCCAGCAAGCGGGUGACCUGGAACGCCCUGUUCUCCCCGCGCUGGCUCCCGCUCAGCGUGCGCUCUGCCUAUACAAACGAGAUGCAGGCCACACGCACUGACGGCGGUCGUCCUCGCAUCAUCGUCACCCCAGCCACUUCCAGCCCCGACUUCGCCGGUGUGAGCUUCCAGAAGACGGUGAUUGUGACGGCGAGGCAGGGGGGUAAAAUGGUGGUUCGUCACGUCUACAACUUCCACCAGAGCACUGAGGAGGCCGGGGAUUUCCUGGUGGAAGCCGACCUUCACCGCCGGGCGUCUGAAUACCUCAUCGACAGCUCCCUCUACCUGCACGUCAUGGUAAAGCCCCUUUACCACAGCCUCAUCGUUGCCAGGAAAUAG